AUGCCGCUGAAUACCUAUGAUGUGGUGGUUAUUGGGGCGGGGAUUAUGGGUAGCUGUGCGGCUUACCAUUGUCAAAAGCGAGGCCUAAAGACGUUGCUGCUUGAACAGUUUUCACUCGGUCAUAAUAAGGGCAGUUCCCAUGGAAAGUCACGCAUUAUUCGAUACGCACAUACUGAAGGCGUCUACUUACCUAUAGUGAGAGAUUCCUACGCUCAGAUCGAAGAACUCGAAGCAAAAAGGAAUGAAAAGCUGUGGAAAAAUUGUGGCCUACUCUAUAUGACAAACGCGAAGGAUGCCAAAAUCAUUGCGGCCCACCUCAGCGCCCAUAAAUGUGAGAAUACAAUUAUCCCUGGGAAAGAGGACGAAUUUGUCAAAUUGGGCGGGAAAAUAAUAGAAAAAGAAAAGGUGCUGUCUUACCGUGAUACCGGGAGUCGCGGCGUUACGAUUAGUACACUGAAGAACGUCUAUAAGUCGAAGAAAGUGAUUUUUGCCGCUGGGACUUGGCUCCAACAGUUGGCUCCCGAAUUGGUGCCAUCUAUCCGGGCACAGCCUGAAGCCAUAUGUGUAGCUUAUUGGAAACCGAAACGGGAGGAAGAUCUACAUUAUUUUACCGAAAAUGAGAUGCCGGUGGCGAUUAUGGAUAACGUUGAGACCGGAGAGUUUGUGUAUGGGCUUCCGAAUGUUGACUAUCCAAAUGCUAUUAAGUUUGGAUUCCAUGGUGGUGAUGGGUACAAUAUUGGUGACGAUAUUUCUUCGCCGAACCAGGAGCUGAUCGAGCGACCAAGACGGCAUUUACAACUUCACUUGAAGAUGAUCGAUGCCUCAGCCCCAGUGAAAUUGGAUAGAUGUAAAUAUACGAUGUCCCAUGACGAUCACUAUGUUAUCGACCGACUUCCAGAAAGCAAGAAUAUAUUCUUCACUGGUUGCUGUUCAGGCACGGGUUUUAAGGUAGCCCCAGCAAUCGGCAAGGCCCUAGCAUGCUGGGUGAAGAACGAGAAGGCCCCAUUCGACCUGAGCUUCUUCUCACUGAAACGAUUCGAGAAAAGCAAACUA